AUGGCCAGCCCUGUUCGUAAAGACUUGCAGAAGGUCUCCCCUAGCGUUUCGGGUGCUUCGACUCCCAAGAUGGAAAAGACAGACUCGGUGCUCAAUCUCACGAAACCCUCGCUAUACGGCAUCUACAACACCUCCUCGCUGAGCUUGAACAAGGACAACGAGGAAGUGGAAGAGUACAUUGAGGGUAGCAAAUUGCAUAUCACGGCUAAGGAUGCUCACCCAGAGAGUGCUCAAUUGCAUCCUAAACACACUGUCAAGACUACGCCUGGGCAGUUUGUUCUCUGGCUGGUGACCCGUUUAGCCAUCGUUGCAUUUGCUGCAUUCCUUUAUAACCAGGUCACACAGAACAUUCACCUUGCCCAUGUUGACGGAACGGGCUUGUUGAUUAACCAAUACUUGGAGAAUUUUGUUGAGGCUUGGAAACUGUACCAGGCUUGGGUCAAGCAGUAUGACUUGGAGAUUGUUGAUCGCGCCGUGGCAUGGUCUCUGGAAGGCUUUUUGUUGAGUAUUGUUGUCCCUGUGCUUGACAAGGUUCUUCCUAGCUUCUCCAGAAGACUUCUUUCUUCUAACCCUAAUCCUUACCACCGUGGAAACUUGGCUAAUGACUUAAUACGCUCCCUGAUUACCUUUUUGGGUAUCACUUACGCCAUCAGACACAUUGAAUGGAAUUCGCUGCUUCAAAUGGCCAUGACAUGGUCCUUGGUGAACCCAGCCUUGUGGCUUUUGCUCGACGGCACCAUCAAUGGUUUCCUUGCGUCGACCACUGUCGCCUUCGUGGCAUCCGCCAUUAUCUAUUUCCAAAACCUGGGUGUCAUUGUUUUGGAUCAGAACAGUCUAAUCACGAUAUUCUUGUACGUUGGCAGUUUCUUCUUCUGCGGCGUCAUCAUCUUUGGCAAACUUGGAAGAUUUUUGUUUGGAUCCAAGACCCAACUCAAGAACAAUUAA